AUGAUAAGCAACUUUUCACCUUUUUUUGCUGCUGCUGCUACUGCUACUGCUGCUACUGCUGCUGUUAGAGUUAAUAACAAACCUUAUAAUUUGAAUGGAUUAUUAUCGAAUAAUAAUAAUAAUAAUAAUAAUAAUAAUAAUAAUAAUACUAAUAAUAAUAAUAAUAAUAAUAAUAACAGCAAUAGUAGUAAUAGUAACAAUAAUAAUAAUAAUGAUAAUAAUAGGUCAGACCGUUUCGGUGGUAACCUACUAAUGUUCUAA